AUGCCAUUGGUGUACGAGUCGAAAACAACCCUACAGAGUAUUCCUCCGAAAUCCCCAGUAGUUCCCCACGGUAUAGCGUACAUUGGAGGAGUUGUGGACGCAUGGAAACCUCAAUUUGUGCUGUUGAAAAACAAUCGUGAAUUCACCAUUCAAGCCCCGCCUCUUGAGCCAAAGGUUACGAAAAGCUCCAACGAAUCUGAAGAUGAAUUUGUAGCGAAGUAUGUUGAGCAGUUCCAACGAUAUCUUGCGGUGCUGGAAUGCUUACUUUCUAUCAUUGAUUUCGAUGCCACAGACAUGGCUUACAUGAUAGAAGACUCCAACGAGGACUAUCAAAUCAUUCCAGGGCGGAAGGCUCUCAGGAAUGUUUCCUGUCCUCUUUGGAUGCAUAAAAUCUACGUAGAUGAGGUAAAUAUAACGGUUUGGGGUAGUGAUUACGAUGGUCGUCGUGGAAUAUGGGAAGGGAAAGAAGUAGAUAUAUCUUACGCCCUUCACAAGGAUCUAGAUCGAUUCGUAUUGAAUCGUGCGAUGCAAGGACUUCGAGCUCUAGAAGGGAGGAAUUGUGACCUUUUAUUCGAGGUGUAUGGCCACCUGGUCGAUAGAGACGAAACAAUUGUGGGACUUGUUACCGAAGCAGCCAAGGGAAGAGUGGUCACUCCCGACGAUAAAGACCUGAUUCAAGCAUCCCUCAAGGCUCUCGAGCACGCCGGAUGUGUAUACACUGCAGUUGCAAGCAACCAUUUUCUCAUAACCGAUGGGAAGUUGCGUUUGCUGCAGCUGAACGCCAUCAUUCCGUAUCCUGAUCAGGAGCAAUGUAGAAAGGAGGCCGCAUAUUUUCAUGACUGGGCACUAGAUGAACUCAUCGAAGAACUUCGGGAAUACGGAAAAACGGGCCGCGGUCAUGGGCCACCAGGUCGAUUGGUGAGAGACCCGUAUGCUAUCACAUACCUGCGAUUUCUUCCCCCACCAGAGCGCCCUCUCCGCACGAACCUCAAUUUUACGCCUCUUCCCAUGCCUGUGGCGCUGCUGAUGAUAUCCAGGUACCUCAGAGGAGAGAAAUAUCCUAUGCCUUUGGAAGACCCGGAUGAUCUGCUUGCAAGAAGAAAGCAGAGUAGGAAGAAUCGUUAUCUCAUUUACAGAGACCCUGAGGAAGACUGUGAGGCGGCGGACAAACAGGGUUUAUCAACCUUCAAAAGUAUAGACGGUGAUAUUUCUCCUUACAGACCAGCGCGUAGCACUCGUAUAUGGCGUCUCUCAGGACGAACACCUUAUACAAGGCAUCUGCAUGCAGAGAGGGGGCUCCCUGCACUAUCUAGCACAGAAGGGAUAGCAAGCAUUACAGAGGUUGUAGAUGACGUCGUAAAAGGUAAAAGUGUAUAG